UGCGUGAGCUACAGCCAGAGACUGCGUGAGCUAUAGCUAGAUACUGCCGGAGCUACAGGCAUAGACUGUCUGUGGUACAGAAAGACUGCCUGAGCUACAGCCAGAGAUUGCCUGACCAACAGUCAGAGACUGCCUGAGCUCCAGCCAGCGACUGCCUGAGCUCCAUCCAGCGCCUGUCUCUGAUGUGAGCCAUAGGGACAUGGCGAGUGCGGCUCCCAUUGAUAGCGAUACUCCAGGGGAGUUGACCUGCCCCAUCUGCCUGGACACCUUCCGCUGCCCCUGCACGCUCAGCUGCGGCCACUCGUUCUGCCUCAAGUGCGUGGAGGGCGCCUGGGAUGCGGCAGAGUCCUUCUCCUGCCCACAGUGCCGAGUGACUUUCCCUCGGAGGCCCAAGCUGAGCAAGAACGUGACGCUCACCAACCUCAUCGAGCAGCUGCGAGUGGCUGAGCCCGUGGCUGCCGAUGCUGCUGCUUCUGCUGUUUGCUGCGAUCAUUGCAGGAAGCCCGCAGUGAAGACUUGCCUCAAGUGUGAGACGUCGUUCUGUAUGACCCACCUCACGCCCCACCGGCAGUUGGCAAAGUUUAGUGACCACGUCCUGGUGUCGCCCGGUGUGAACCUGGAGAAUCGACGGUGCGCGGAGCACGGAUACGAAUACCGCUUCUACUGCGUUAACGACGGACGCCUCGUCUGCAGGGACUGCACCGACACUGUGGAUCAUCGAGGGCACGAGCUCGUCACUUUGAAGGUGGAGCACGACAAACGAAAGAAACAAGUGGGAGAUGAGACGCGGGUGGUGGAGGAGAAGAGGAGGGAGGCGGAGGAGUCCGUGAAGCGGAUGGAGGCCGCUCGCAGGGACGUGCAGGGGUCCAUGACAGAUGAAAAGGCCUCAAUUUCGGUCAGAUUCGUCCGCACGAGAGCAGCGUUGGAUGUGGAGGAGAAGGCGGCUUUAGAGCAAGUGGAGCAGAAAGGGCGCGAGCUGCUGUCCCAGAUUCAGAAGAAUAUCGCUCACUACCAGCGCGAGAUCAGCGAGCUCCAGGCAGCAGCUACUCGCCUGCAGGCUCUAGAGCAGGAGAGGGACUCGCUCGCGUUCCUGCAGUGGGAACUCCACUGA